UGGGCGUUUCUUUGCUGCGACUUCUGCAAAGUUUGGUAUCGAGAAAGUUUUUAGUAAGUGCGGUUAUUACACAGCGACUAUAACCCGAUAGAAUCACACACCGAAACUUGUCCGUCAAUAAGUUGGAAACACGAUGUAAACGGUGUCAUAAUGUACAUUGGUGUCUUUAAUGCAUCGCAGUGCCGCAGAACUAGCCGUUAGCCGCAGUCAGUUUGCUAAUUGUAGCAUAUAAAUAAAUUGCGGAUAAUCUAUUUAAUCUUUAAAAAGAAUGGCAACGUGCAAUAGCAAAAUAAACUAGAUUUACAGUGUAAAAUGCGUAAUAUUUGUUUUCCGGUAGUAUCUAAGAAUAGCAUAUUAGACUGCAAGAAGUCCGGUCAGCUAGCCUGUUAGCUUAGCGAAGUUUUGAGUAACUUUGUUGCGGGCUACUUUAAGGGAUCAUCGUCAAACUUGUAGAUGCCAGGAAAGGGAGGGUCGUAAGCGGCCAUUCCCUUACUGCGCCACUUUAAGUGAAAUGGGAAGCCUUGAAACCUCCAUGUUUGUAUCUUGAAAUUGCGAGCGGAGUUGAGCACCAUAUUGAAUCAAAGUUGGUAUCUCCUUGACAAAUGUUUUACAACCUCCAGACUUUCAAACUUCAGCGGCUUUCCGAGCGGACGACCGCAGCCGAAGUGUAAUGGACGCGCUGUAGUCGACUUGUUGCGAUGUUUUCCGGGCCGCUUCGGCUUCGUGUUCGUGCAUGUUAAGUUGGUUUAAUGCGGCAGCGAGUCGGCGAACAAUCUCUAACUUUAAAGUGUGAGGUCAGCACUCUGGACCAGACCUGGAUGUGAUGGACAAUCCGUCCUCAGUAAUCACCCAAGUCAGCCGGGAUGAAGAGGGAAGUAAAGCCGCAGGAGAGAGGGGCUCUUCCCCCUCUCUGUCUUCCAAGAAGCCCAGGAGCAGAGGCCUCUUUUCCAGCCUUUUCUGCUGCCUGUGUCGGGACCAACCUGAGCCCCCACCAGUCAACAACAACGCCCCUCUGCUGGUGGAAGAGAACGGAACCGUCUCCAAGAUCCAGGUGAAACCACUUCUGCCUCCAGUGAAGUCAAAAGACUCUGGAAAGAUCUGUGUGGUCAUAGAUCUGGAUGAGACGUUAGUUCACAGCUCUUUUAAGCCUGUGAACAACGCAGAUUUCAUAAUUCCUGUGGAAAUUGAUGGAACAGUACACCAGGUGUAUGUCCUGAAGCGGCCCCAUGUCGAUGAGUUCCUGAAGAGAAUGGGAGAACUGUUCGAGUGUGUCCUGUUCACUGCCAGUUUAGCCAAGUACGCAGACCCCGUCUCUGACCUCCUGGACAAGUGGGGUGCUUUCCGCUGCCGCCUGUUCCGGGAGUCCUGCGUCUUCCACCGAGGCAAUUACGUCAAGGACCUGAGUCGCCUGGGUCGAGACCUAAACAAGGUCAUAAUCGUGGACAACUCCCCUGCCUCCUACGUCUUCCACCCCGACAACGCAGUGCCUGUGGCCUCGUGGUUCGACGACAUGUCCGACACCGAGCUGCUGGACCUCAUCCCCUUCUUCGAGAGGCUGAGCAAAGUAGACGACGUCUACUCAGUCCUCAAGCACCAAGGGACCGCAAGCUAACAGUGUUCGACUUCUUAUCUCUGCUCUGAACAAAAAAAUGGCGUACAGAACGGAAAUACACAAACCAGCGAGGCUCCAGCUAUCAUUGCCCACCAGAACACAGACUGCUCCACGGCUGCCAGAGCCUCCAGAGCAUCAUCACUGCAACCGUCUGGUCAAACAGAAAACUGCCUGAAAUUUGCCUUGUAACUUUUGACCUGUUAGCCAACCACGAACCAGCUGAUGUGAGUGGAUGGAUGGAUGGAUGGAUGGAUGGUUAAGGACAUUUCUGCAGUGUCGCUGAACUUGCAGUAGAGUUAACGAAGCAGAUGUCUGUAGCUACGGAUCCUCUGGACACAGACUGAGGACUGGAGAAAGACCGCUCAUGGAUUCAGCACUGUGCGCCUGCAGGAUUCGAUAAGCAGGAAUCAAGUGGAAAGGAAUUUUUGGAAAAGUGCAAAUAAACUUGAUCAGUCCUGUCUGGAAGCGCAGAUGGUGUACACGUACUGUAGAUGUCUUUGGAGUAGCAUUAUCUGUGUCACGCACCCUAAUAUCAAUUAUCACACUAUUUGUCUGCAGUCAAAAGCAUGUGAUCCUCGGGUAUCAUUUUAUUUUUUAAAAAUCUUGACAGUGUUAUGGAUGAAUCUGAUCAAAAGAAAGUUGUGUGUUGUUAAACCCUGAAGUUGGGCUGUCAUGUCAAAUAUGAUCAGGAACAAACGUAUAACAAAACGAUUGGACAGCACUUUACAAGUAUAGUCUGUAGCGUAUAGUACAGUCCUCCCUUUCAGAGGAGUGUAGUGUUGAUUUUAGCAUGAUUUCUAAAUGCUGAAUGCAGCUCAAAAAACAGCCUUAUAAUAGCAAAUAAUUGGGAAUCAUUGUUUGUGAUUUACUUAUACAGAUGGGGAAAAAUCUAUGCAGACCAUUUGAAAAUUUUGAAUUUUUCUAUUUAAAUUUUGUAUAAAUCAAAAAUGGUUAGCCCCAUGAAACAAGCCAGAUCCUGUUAGCAAAGUGUCUGCACAUGAGCAGAUGAUGCCUGCAGUAUUUUCCCUUAAAACCUGACACUAAUACGAAUAUCAAACCAUCUGCACACAACGGUUAAAGAGCAGCUGCUGUUUAUAUCGGACGAGGAUUUCCAUUGGUGGUGUAAAGAUUGAUGGACGGCCUUAAGGCAAUACAUCUGCGACUGUGUGUCAUUCGAUCUCCUGAAUGGUUGAGUCCAGAAAUAAGAGGACCAGGACUGACUCCUUAAAAAUCGGUCAUUGUCAAUGUUGCAUCAUAACAGGUGUCUGAUCAGUUCAGUUCUUUGUUUUAAAGCCACACACAAAACUUGAAUCUUUCACAGAAUUUACAGACUGUAUUUGAAUGGUUGUAAAAAACAAACAAACAAAAAAAAACGUUACAGUAUGACUUGUCAGAUUGGUUCUCAUAAGCUUCACAGUACUAUAUUUUGUUUUUUUUUUGUUCCUAAGCGGUACACAUUGGCUGGAAACAAUUUCAGGACUUUGUUGUUAAUUGUGUGUCGAGGGGAGGAGCUGCCAUGAGGAUAUGUGAGAUGCUGUGCCUGGUGAGAGCACCUUUGAAAACAAAAGGUGGUUUAAUUCAGUCCAGAUUUAAAGGAGAAAUCCACCCUAAAACACUUCAACGCUGUUACUGAACAGCUAUUGGUGAAUUAUCUCACACCUCUAGGUCCUUUCUGUUAUUUAGCUGGAUGGUCUAGCCCUGACGUAAUGGUAAGAUAAUUCCAGUGCAGCUACGAUGGAGUUUGAUUGAAAACAUGAGUAUUAAAUGUCAGGUCCUGUGUUGUUUGGAGAAAUAAAUUUUGUUUCCAGAAGUAGAAGUUUCUCAACAAAUGAUGCAAGUGAUUUGAGGGUGGAAUUUUCCUUUAAAAUUUCAUCGAGUACACGGGGUCCUCAUUGAGUGUGUAUUAUUUUUUAGCUUCCAUUCAAACCUCUUGGACUGGUCUGUUUUAAGGAGUGUUGUGGCCUCUAACAGGCCUGUCACAUUCAUGUUAUCUCCCUCAAAUGCGUUGACAAUAACAUGUUGACAGUGAUGAAUGAAGCAAAGGAUUUGACUAAGAGCCUCUAAGAAGGCUUGUGAUGUGACUUCACCGAGGUGGAGCAGGGGUGACCAUUAGAUCCACCAUGUUAAGAGCUAUUACAUUAUUCUUCUAUGUUUAACAAAUAAUUGCCAAUCAAAUUAGCCUGUUUCUUUUCUCAAUAAUUGCUGAUUUUCUCUCUGUUUUGCCCAGAUGUGGUCCUCUGACAUAAUUGUUUUUUUGCUAUUUUCAUGCAUGACCUGGUUGUUACCUCAUAUUAAUCAGUAAUAUUUGGAUCAGACACGCCAGCAAAUGACUAAAAUGGUUAGUAUCUUACUGUUGUAGGCACAUAACAGGGUAAUUAUUUUGAUGUUUGUUUCAUGUAAGCCAUCAUCACAUGUCUCAAUUUAGGUUCAAUGCUGAUUACUGUUUUUUUUUUUUUUAAUUCAUUGGCAAACAGGAGUAUUUAUAGCAGCAUUCAGUCAUUUAAUUGCAAAUACAUAAAACAAGUGUUGUGUCACUAUGGGGGCCCAUUCACUGAUACUGUACUUCUUACACAUUCAGUAGAUAUGUAUAUUUUGUUUUGCACAGUAAUAAAGCAAACAAAUUUUCAUUAAUAUAUGGAAUAUUCAUGUUACUGUACUCAUAAUUGAAUAGAUGUAACCUAAUUUUUUGACCUGUUUUAUCAUGCCAAAUUAUAUAUGGACUCUAUGUAAUAAUGCCAUUUUUUCCCCAUAAAUGCUAAAUGAAAGAUGGUCC